CAACUUUAUUUCACCAAUGGCUCCUCAAGUUCCUUCUUAUGGUCAGCAACCUCAAAUGCAGCCUCAAGUGCAACAUCCACAACAAUAUGGUCAGAAAAGCAUGGAUGGGUUGACAAAUCAAUUCGGAAAUAUGAGUAUGGCUCAGACAAUGCCUGCUGUACCUUUACUCGGAACUCCUCCACACAUUGUUGAACUUUCUGGUCCUGGUCCGAAGAUAAACCUUCCUGCUAACGUGUCCAUCACAAACUCUCCGUAUGCUAACUGUGAUCCUUCUUACAAAUGUUGUACUCUGAAUGCUGUUCCUGCCACUGAAGCUUUACUGAAGAAAUCAAGGUUACCCUUUUCUCUUGUCCUUGCACCAUACCGUAGUUUGAAGGAAGAAGACGAACCUGUUCCGGUUGUAUCUGAUAGUGUGAUUGCUCGUUGCCGUCGUUGUAGAACUUAUAUCAAUCCAUUUGUCACAUUUGUAGAAGGUGGUCAACGAUGGAAGUGUAACAUGUGUUUCUUAUUGAAUGAUGUACCUGCUGCGUUCGACUAUGAUGCUCAUACCCAACAACAAGCGGAUAGAUGGAAACGACCUGAAUUGAAUUAUGGUUGUGUUGAAUUUGUAGCUCCAACUGAAUAUAUGGUACGACCUCCUCAAGCUCCAGCGUUUGUGUUUAUUUUAGAUGUGUCAUAUUCGGCAGUACAAUCUGGAAUGUUAGCGACUGCUACCCGUACAUUAUUGGACACUCUUGACCGUCUUCCCAAUGAAGAAAACCGAACAAAUGUUGCCAUCAUCACUGUCGAUAGCGCUCUCCAUUUCUAUAAUUUCAGUGAUUCUGUGGAAGAACCUCAAAUGUUAGUCGUGGCUGAUCUAGAAGAUGUAUUUUUACCUCAACCUGUCAAUUUGUUUGCCAAUCUAACUCGAAGUAUGGAUGGUAUCAAGUCGUUAUUAGAAAAACUUCCAGAAAUGUUCAAGGAUACUGUCAAUGUCAAUAACGCCUUGGGUCCUGCUCUUCAAGCUGCUUUCAAAAUGCUGUCUGCUAAUGGUGGUAAAAUUAUCUGUUUACAAUCUACUCUUCCUAAUGUGGGUACUGGUGCCUUGAAAUCUCGUGAAGAUGUCAAACUUCUUGGUACUGCAAAGGAAACAACCUUAUUGAACCCUGCAUCACCUUUCUACAAGACAUUUGCUGUGGAUUGCUCUAGAUCUCAGGUUGCAUGUGAUAUGUUGAUUUUUGGAGGACAAUAUGCAGAUGUAGCUACUCUCAGCUGUUUACCUCAUUAUACUGGUGGUCAAACAUACUAUUAUCCUGGAUUUAAUGCAAGUCGAUCAGAAGAUGCUCUCAAAUUUGCUCAUGAAUUCUCUGAACUUUUGGCUGAACAAAUUGGUCUUGAGGCUGUGAUUCGAAUUCGUGCAUCCCGAGGAUUAAGAAUGAAUGCAUUCCAUGGCAACUUCUUUAUUCGGUCCACUGAUCUUUUGGCCUUACCCAACGUUCCUCGUGAUCAAAAUUAUUGUGUAGAAGUCGUGAUAGAAGAUGAUUUGAAGACUCCUACUGUAUGUUUCCAAACUGCCUUAUUACAUACUUCUUGUACUGGUGAACGUCGUAUCCGUGUGGUUACUCUAUGUCUACCGGUUAGUAAUAGUAUGUCUGAAUUAUAUGCCAAUGUGAAUCAAAAAGCUGUUGCGGAUUACCUUGGUACUAAAGCUGUUGAAAGGGCUUUGACUUCUAAAUUGGAUGAUGCUCGUGAUGCUAUUGUGAAUAAAUUGGUGGAUAUGUUUGGUGUUUAUAAGACUCAUGUACUUGGCUCUGCUCAAGGUUCUACUCCUCAACUGACUGCUCCUGAUAACCUGAAAUUAUUACCUAUUCUUGCUCUUGGUUUGAUCAAACAUGAUGGAUUACGACAAAGCUCACAAAUACCGACUGAUAUGAGAGCCAAUGCCAUGAACCUUUUACGGACCAUGCCAUUACAAUUGUUGAUUCCUUAUAUCCAUCCCAACUUUUAUUCCCUUCACAAUAUGCCUCCUGAAGCUGGUGAAGUCACUGAAACUGGAGUCAAUUUCCCACCAGCUCUCAACCUUACUGCCGAACGUAUUGAAGCUCAUGGUUGUUAUUUAUUGGAAAAUGGACAAAAUAUUUAUCUCUGGGUUGGUCGUGGUGUGGUACCACAAUUGUGUAUGGAUCUGUUUGAUGCAAAUUCUUAUGAAGCUUUACGUGGUGGAAAGUAUACAUUGCCUGUUUUGGAAACACCUUUGAACAGAAAAGUCAACAUGAUCAUUGGAAAGAUUCGUGAAAUGCGACGUGGGAAUUAUUAUCCAACUCUAUAUCUCGUCAAGGAAGAUGGCGAUCCAUACCUCAAGAUUUGGUUUAUGUCUCAUUUGAUUGAAGAUCGUACAGAAAAUGUCAUGAGCUAUCAACAAUUCUUACAAUUCAUCAAGGAUAGGGUUGGAUCUGGCUCUUUCUAAAGAAAUGGUCCCUUUAUCAUAUUUGUUAUGUACACUCUUACACACAAAAUUUUUUUUUAUUAUUAUUCUUAUU